AUGACCGACUUGUUACCCCCACCAAAGAGACUUAAACUCUCCAAGGAAGUAGCUUCAGCUCACGAAAACCGGGAGUAUCAACUGCUUCCACCCAUCGACAAACUCCGCGACUAUAGCAACUUUGGUCAAUGGCUCGACGAUGUCCAUAGAGAACUAGAGGCAUGGCAGCUGGAAAACUACAUCGAUCCCCGCGCUCCAAGGCCUGCUCCCGAUGAGUAUGACUACAUAUACUGGGAACAACAGGCAAACGUGAUCUUCUCCUGGCUGCACCUUCACACCUCGCCUACCAUCUGCGAAGACCCUAUGUUCGUUCGCCGCCAGCCACGACUCCCAGAAGACUUUAUCAAUACUGUCAGAGACGUUGUGAUCCGUGUUAGUCUGGAGACAGCCACUCAUCUCUGGUGGUCAAUAACUCACAUGGAUCCUUUUGAUUAUAGAUCCUUUGACGGAUUCUUUGCCGCAUUCAGAGAUUUGGCGGAGCAAGCCAUUUUGGUCGGAGUCAUCACACCUUAUCAGGCGUUCUUCAUCUUGCACCAGCACCUCAUGAAUAUGGAGAAUUUCUUCACACUGCCGUAUGCCAAAUACAGUGACACCAUCCAUAGCUUUGAGUUGGCUGGUGAACGUCCUACAAAUAUGACCGAGGAGACUUUUAACUUGUUCUGUGAGCAUGUUGAAGAGCUUCCCCGGAGCACUUAUUGGACCUGGAAGCGUGUGGGCAAACAACGAAGGCUGUCGUGA